GCCAUAAAGCUUGAUCUUGGUUGCUUUUCUUACGAAAGAGUGCUUGGUUUUCUUUGAAAGUGGUGAUCUCUGUCAAUUUGUCUUUUAUUUACAUGUCGACAUGCUUUGUUCGGUAAAGUUCGUGUAAAUUGAUAUUAGUAGUGAUAAAACGAUAAUGUAUUCAAUUUAGAAGGUGCAAUAUACUGCCAAAACAAAAUGAACGACGGGGAUUGGAUAUGUAGCGAUCCGAAUUGUGGGAAUAUAAAUUUUGCGCGGCGAAAUUCUUGCUACCGUUGCAAUAAGGAAAGACCAAAUGCAGCAAAACCUUUUAAAAAGAAACUGGGUACUGAAAUUGGAAAGUCAGCUGCCGAGAAAUCCCGCGGACUUUUUAAUGCCGACGACUGGCAGUGCAACAAAUGCGCUAAUGUCAAUUGGGCCCGGCGUCAGACUUGUAAUGUUUGUAAUGCGCCGAAGUUUGGAGAGGUUGAAGCCCGUACUGGUUACGGGGGAGGCUACAAUGAACGAGGUGUAGUCGAGUAUCGAAGAAGAGAAUCGUCUUCAGACGACGAAUAUGACGAAUUUGGGAGAAAGAAGCGAAAAACGAAGGCAAAUUCAGAAGAAAAGGUUGGCAUCACUGAAGGACCUGUAAACAAAAAGUUGCCAUCAACGAUGCUGCAGAAGGAAAUAAAUAUGGACAUUGUUAUGCCGGUACCUGUUUCAAAUAUAUCAUUACCAAUCAACAAUAUUCCUGACAAAGUAAAUGGCAGUCUAAGUGAUGGUUCAGUAUGCGACCUUCCUCCACUCAACAAAAUGGCAUUAAAACGAAGUCAAUUUCAAAAUCAUCCUAAUUUUUACCGUCGAGAAUUAAACAUUCCACCUUACAAGAGUAAUGGGAUUCAACGCAAACGUUUUUCCAGUAUUGGUGAUAAAGAUCACACAGGAUCUUCAGGCUAUGACACUAGUUCAAAGAAAAGUAGGAAUGAAAGUAGUGUUUCACCAGCUUUAAAGUCUUAUAAUCCAGUCAUGGAAAAUAGAGUUUCAUCUACUAAUAAUGAUGUGGUCUACAAGUUCACCGGUUCAAAUCCAGCUGAAGAUUUUGAAGUGAUUUAUACAGUUGAAGAAAGAGUUAAAGCAGCUGCAUUUGCUAUAGUUUAUAACAACUGUAAAAUAAGUACAGACAAGUUUGAAUCAUUGUAUGACAAACCAGCACCAGAUUUUAAGACAAUUUUUGCUUGGAGACAAAGACUUCUAACAACUGGAUGUUUGGUUGAUUCACAUUUAGAGAUACCUAAAAAGGACACAGAGAGACCUUUUAACAACCAAGCUGUUACGCCUAAUCCUCCUAGAAACAAGAUAUCACACAAACUUCCUAAUCCUGAUGAAAUUGCCAUAAUAUCAGACAGUGAUGAAGACUGUUCUAAAAAUCCAGAGAUGAAUAAUCAAGGUAUCUUUGAUAGACAAAAAAGUGUUAGCACAGAUACUUUACUUAUCAGUGGUAUUGAUAAUGAAACAAGAGCUGCUGGUGGUUCUGUUAGUACUGUAGAUGAAAGACUGUCACAAGGUAGAAGUCACUCAGCAUCAACACAUCAUAGAACAAGAUCCAGUUCCUGUGAUAGUCAAGAUUCUAACUAUCCUGAAUCGGAAUUGGAACAACUCAAUUCAAAAACUUUAAAUACGAGAAAUACCUCUUCUGUAAAAUCAAAUAAUACAAGGCAGUCAAUUUGUGAUUCCGAUUCAGAAUCAAUUUCAUAUAAUAGUGAUGAAGUAGACUUUCGGUCACGUAUUUUCGGCGAUGGAAGGAAAGUAAAGAGAAAGGUAAAAAAACGUGCUAUUCCUUCUAACGAUGUUAAUUCCUAUAUACCUGCAGAAAAUCCAUCAUUUCAAGGAUAUAGUACUCUGAAAUUAAAAGAGCAGUCGCCGUUAGUGACUGGAAACAUUUACAUGUCCAAUUUUCAAAAUAUGGGUACAAAUCAAAGAACUCAAGAUACACAUACACUGGACACUGAUGGCUACUCCAGUGAAUAUGUUCCUACAAAGCUGGGUGUAAAGGCCAAAAAUAAUUAUCAAGAUUUUAAAAAUAAUGUAAAGAAAAGGGGAUUCUGGGCGAAGGGGAAUGCAAACUCAUUUUCAAAUGCAACAAAAAAAUCUAAUAAAGAACUUAAAGAUAUUUUUGUUGAAAAACCAACUAAGGACUACUUUGAUUCCCAAGAAUAUACACUGCUUCCAGGCUUAGAAAAUCGAGUUGAAGAUUUUACCAAAGAUGAAAUUGAUAGUUGUGAUAUAGCAGACCAAUACAUGCCAUUUGAUAAGCCAGUUGAAAUAGCUUCAAAUGUUUUGAAAGCAACUGAACAUUCGUCUCGCGUUUUUGACAUUGUACAAUCGAAUACGGCUGUAAAAAAUAGAAGUAUAAUGGACAUUUUUGGCAAUAACGAACAGGAACGAAAAAGUCCUGAGAAAAACAAUGAUGUUGAUCAUUUGGAUAGUGUCAGAAAAAAGUAUGAAACAGAGUGGGAUGAGGAUGAUGACGCUCUUUAUAAAAAUUCUGACACAGUUGAUAUGUUGCUUGAGAGUUCAAAUAGUAAGCGUACACCAUCACCACCUAACAUUGGAUCAAUACGAGCUGAGAGUCCAAUGACAAAUAUGUUAUAUGGUACAAGUUCAGAUGUCCAAAAAGGUUUAACUGAAACUAAUUUAUUAAACGAAGAUAUAAUAACCGAUAAACGCGAUAUGUUAUUAGGCUUACUGAAAGACUUGCAAGAAAAUGAUGACAAAUUAAAUACUGGUGAUAUAUCAUGUUCACCUAUAACUUCAAUUUUAAUGAAAAGAGAAUCAAAUGAAAAUAUUAAUAAACCACAGAUUAUGAAAGCUAAUUCCAUUAUAAAUAAACCAGAAAUCAUUCCAAUAGAACAAUGUGAAAUGAAGUGUGUCACAGGAGAAAAGAAAGAAAAAUUAUUGCCACCAGCAGUACCUGAAAUAAAACCUAAGGUUGUAAGUCCUUCCAAAAGAGUACAUGUAUUGGAAUCAAUAACUAUUAAAGCAGAUAGUCGAAAAGAUAUAAUUGGUAUCCAGGAUAAUUUAGAAUUGAAUCAAAAAAGCAUAGAAAAACUUGACCUACCAAAUAGAUCACCAAUGAAACAAUCAAUAGAAAACCCACCUCAAGGGGCAAUUAUUAAUGAUAUUAAUAAAUCUCAAACACUACAAAACAAUAUGCCGUUUGACCUUUCAAAUAUAUUAUCAAAUAUAAAUACAAAUACACUUUUACUUGCUCUUCAAAAUUUGCAACAAAUAUCUCAACAACCAAGUGAUAAUAUAAAUCAAACAGCUAGUUACCAGGAUAAUGUUAAUAACAAUGAACAAAGCACAUUAGAAACAAUCAAUUUAACUAAUGAUGAAGAAUGGGAGAAAGAAUCAAAUCAAGAUGAAAGCAUAGAAAGAGAAUUAGAAAAGUUAGAUGGAAACACUGGCGAUACUCCUUUUUUAAGUGAUAUUUUUGAUCCGGGUCCAGUGACACUGCAUCCGAAUGUUAACAAAAAACUAAACAUUAAUCUUAAAAAUGACGUUAAGAAAAAUCAAACGGCACAUUUAAAUGAAAACGCGCCAGUGAUAGGGAAUUUUAAAAGCUUUGCAUUGCCAAAACCGAUUUUGUUAAAUAGAUUGAAAUUGACAGUCAAACAGCCAGAGAAGAGUGUGAAGGCUGGUGACGGGAAAAGAGUCAAACGAAAGAAAAAGACUAAGCCAUCUGGUUCUCAAGAGGGUGAGGCUGGGGAGGAAGACGAUGAAGAAGAGUCUGGAGAUGAAGCUGAUCUCUCUAAGUAUGAUCUAUGGGGCAGCGAUGGGGAACAGGGCAACUCUUCUAAAAUGGCUAAUGAUGAUAAACAAAAAGACGACGACAGUCCUAAGGACGAUAGCUCAAAUACCAUAGAUAAAAAUGGAAGAACAGAAACAAAAAGUAAAAAAAGAUCUAGAAGUUCGUCAUCAUCGUCCACUUCUUCAUCGAGUUCAAGUUCUAGUCACAGUUCUACGCAAACGCCUAAAAAUAAAUUCGAUGACUUUAAUCUAAACAGUGAGCGGGAGUCGCAGCACGGUUCGCCGAAAGGCCGUAAGUCGCGGUCGAGGUCUCGAUCGCCACGAUCUCGUUCGACGAGCAUCCCCUCCCGAAGAAAGUCACGCGACAGCCGCUCGGGUGGUGAAACCAGGUGUGUUCAUGACACCUCCCGCGAGAAGGAGAGAAUUCGCGAUCAUGACCGACGGGACAGGUCGCGCGGUUCCCGUGAACGGAAGGAACGUCGAUACAGCCGGGAUGGUUCUAGCAAUCACUACAGUGCCAGGGGAAGACAUCGCUAGAUACCACACAUUUGAGCAAUAACUAUCAACUCGUUAACAGCGUGAUGCCUCUCGAAGUGUUUUUGACUUUAAACGAAUGGUUGCUGGAUUAACUAUUUAUCAAAACCUAUAAUACAUUUAUAAUAUAUUAUCUAGAAUCUGUUACGCAGUAAGCGUAUUAUAGACCAUUGUGUUUUAUAUAAAGUGGUAACAUUGUCCUAUGCAUUUUAUUUUGUAACUAUUAAUCUAGUGAGAGAUUUCUCUUACUUAAUAGACAUAAACAUUCAUAGUAAGUUUAUAUAUUAUGAAUUAAUAUUUGUUUGUAUAAUUACGAAAACUCAAGUCUUAUAUAUAUAUAUAUAUAAGGUAUUUUGUAUAGAUGUUAAAAAAAAUAUCAAUAGCACAUCUCUCCGUAGUUGUAAAAAAUUAAGCUUGGACAUUAUUUAGCAUUUAUGAUCCGAUAAAUGUAAAGUGAAAUGGUUUCAACUUUUUUCCUGUUUCAAUUAAUAACUCAAAAGUGUCAACUUGUGAUCUUUAUUUUUUUUUUCAAUUUGUAAAUAUUAGGUAUCAUAAUGGCUUUGGUAUAAAUAAGACCUAAGCAAAUUACAUAUUUUCCAUUAAGAAUUACUUUUGGACAUUGGAAAAUGAUUCUGUUAUCAUUUAGUGACUAUGUAACUAUCGAUAUUUUAUAAGAAUAAAAAGGUAAAUUGAUUUACCAAUAAACAUGAA